AUGUCCUCAAUACCAGCGGCCAUCAUCUCUGGCUCCUACCAGUCUGCCAGUAAUGUCAUAGACGCGUUCGAGUCCUACCGUCGCGCUCAGUCUCACCAUUCCGACUUCAUCUCCGGCUCCGUUUCCUCGUCCUCACUGCCGAGCAGUCUACCCCAUGAUGCUGAAGCUGGUUACGAGGACGAGGACGACCUCGGGGACGAAUGGGAGCACCGCUCCCGCGAGCGAAGAAGGUACAGCGCGUCCGGAGACGAUGCCAUCCUUGAGAACGUCGAGUGGGACGACGACCUGACCCCGGCACCCUCCUCUGAGACUCGGCAGUAUGACUUCCCUACUGCCGAUGCACACCGCAUUCCUCCGGCGGACUUGGAAGUCGAACAAGACGUUCCAACGCCUCGUGCCGCCCCAGGUGAACACACUCCGCUGCUCGUUCGCGCAUCGUCUUCUAGCACUUCGCUUGGACGUCGUGCGGCAGACCAGAGCGCACCGUCGUACGCUGCCGUUCAGCGGAAGAUCUCGUCUGCCAGUGUGCGGUCCAAAGCGCCUGAGGCGAAGUACCAUGUUGGCCAGAGUACGUUUACUCAAACGCUGCUGAAUGCCGUCGGAGCGCUGUUUGGAAUUGGCAUGUUGUCAGAGCCCUUCGCCUUCGCAUGUGCAGGAUGGAUCGGGGGUACCAUCCUCAUCAUCGGCUAUGGCCUCGUGUCGUGCUACACGGCAAAAAUCCUUGCUCGUAUCGUCCUCGAAGAUCCUCGCAUACGGUCUUAUGCCGACAUCGGCCGCAAGGCGUUUGGUCCUCGAUCCAUGCCUCUCAUCAGCCUUAUUUUCGGGCUGGAGUUGUUCACCGUAACGGUCGCGCUGGUCACACUCUACGCAGAUUCUUUACUUAUACCCGCGGUGCUCCUGCCGCUAUCUGUGCUUUCGUAUGCGUCCAUUAUCGGGAUAUUCUCCCUUAUGGCUAUAAUGGGCAUCAUCCUCUUCGACGGAUUCACCAAGUUUGACAGCCCAGGCAGUCUUUGGAGUCCUGCGGACACCAGCCUCGGGAUCGAUAGUUACCGCGAGCUUGGCAUCGCCUUUGGCCUCUUCAUGGCAGGGUUUGCAGGCCACGCCAUCAUCCCUACGUUGGCGAAGGACAUGGCCGACCCCUCGCGGUUUGACGAAAUGAUCGACCGGGCAUUCAUCAUCGCCACCGGCAUAUAUGGGCUGCUUGGUGUCACCGGGUACAUCAUGUUCGGCAAUGCCGUCAGCGACGAGUUCAGCAUGGACCUCAUGAAGUACAACGCGCACCCGGCCCUGAACUCCAUCGCGCUCUGGGGCCUCGUGCUCACUCCGCUGUCCAAGUUCGCGCUCACAUCCAGGCCGCUCAACAUCACGAUCGAGAUGUUCCUCGGCAUCGACGCCGGCUCCGACCUCGCGUCCUCCGCGGCCGCCCCCGCGUCGCACAAGGCCAAGGCGGUGCUCGUCGCCGUCGAGCGCAUGGUGCUCGCGCUACUCGCGGUCGCCGUCUCCAUCCUCGUCCCGCAGUUUGCGUCCGUCAUGGCCGUGCUCGGCGCGACGUUCUCGUUCCUGCUCUGCAUCAUCGGCCCGCUCGCCGCGCAGAUUGCGCUGCGCGGGCGGAACGCGCGGGACGGCGCGCUGCUGGCGGUCGCGGUGGGCAUGGCGCUGUGGGGCACGUUCUGCGCGUUCGAGACUGCUGUGCUGGAGGCGAGGUGAGGGAGGGGAGGGGAGGGGAGGGGUCGUGGUGGGUCGUGAAAAGGCGGUCACUCGGAGAUGAGGGCCCUGCCACUGUUACGCGUGCUUCGCGCGGUCUGCUCUGUAAUCGUCGCGUCCAUUCCAUUACCAAUUUCCCGGUUUUGUAUCCAUUCGCACACACGACACUUUACGAUACCUAGACAGCUACAAAUUGUUGUAUCUUACUAGUAGAGACCCCAUCUGUUUCACGCACCUCGAUGCAAGCGAGUCUCAUGCACCAGUAGGUGUGAUUCUAUAGCAUACGAUCAUCUUUCU